GGGGGCGGAAGGGACCUCUGGAGGUCAUCAAGAGCAGGAGCAGGGUCACCUAGAGCAGGUCACACGGAGCACAUCCAGGUGGUGCUGGGUCAUUUCCAUCCAAUCUCAGAAGGAGCUACUGCUUAUGUGCAUCACACCGAGGGAUUGUAUUUACACUCUGUUGCAAGCUUAGCCCUGAAAGUGCCUAGCACAGCACACAUCCAGGAGGGAAUUUCACUGCAGCCCUUGCUCAGCAGGAACCUUUGUACCACUCUCUUCUCUGUGAAAACAGAAAACUGAGAGCUAAAGGGGGUGGAGGAUGCCUCCUCGAUGUCAGAUUUCCUUGCUUUGUACCCUGUUUUGUUGCAUAGCAGUCAUCACUGCUGGAGCAGAAGGACAUGAUGGAGCUGAGCCAGAAGUGACUAUCACACAGGGACGGCUCAAAGGGAUACAAACAACUGUGAAGGGGACAGACAGACCUAUAAAUGCUUUCCUUGGGAUUCCUUUUGCGAAAGCCCCUCUUGGAUCUCUGAGGUUUUCCCCACCUGAACCUCCUGAACCCUGGAAUGGUCUGAGAGAUGCAACUUCUUACCCACCACUAUGUCCUCAAGAUCUGUCCCUGCUGAAAGCAGCUGAGAAAAACCUCAAAGAGAAGCACCCUCCCUUCCGAACUUCCGAGGACUGCUUGUAUCUAGAUGUUUACAGCCCUGCUGCUGCAAACGAGGACAGGUUACCCGUGAUGGUGUGGAUCCACGGAGGCAAUUUUAUAUUCGGUGGUGCUGCUAGGUACGAUGGUUCUGCACUAGCAGCCCACGAGAAUGUUGUGGUAGUAAUCAUUCAGUACAGACUUGGACUCCUUGGAUUCUUCAAUACUGGUGAUGAACACGCUCGUGGGAACUGGGCAUUUUUGGACCAAGUAGCAGCUCUUCGGUGGAUCCAAGACAAUAUUGAACACUUUGGUGGAGAUCCAGGAUCUGUCACACUCUUCGGUGUAUCUGCAGGAUCUUGCUCUGUUUUUGCACAUGUUUUAUCCCCUUUAUCUAAGGGCCUCUUUCAUAAAGCAAUAUCAGAGAGUGGAAUUAUGAUCCACUCUAAUAAAGAUUUAAUUUCAACAGACCUUAAGAAAAUUGCAAGUGUAUUUAAGUGUGAGUCAAGCAGUUCACUCCCACUGAUAAACUGCUUAAGGAAGCAGGAGGCAGAGGACAUAAUCCUGAAGAGCAAGGAUAUCCCAUUUCUACCCUUGGUUUUGGAUGGAGUGUUUCUUCACAAGUCACCUGAAGAGAUACUGGCUGGGAAAGAGUUUAAUGCAGUCCCAUACAUGAUAGGAGUCACCAACCAUGAAUUUGGCUGGAAUAUGAGAUCUACAUCAAGCAUACCAGGUGUGAAGGAGGUGGGAGAUAAGAAAUCAAUCAUUUCAACUAUAGAGCUUUUACAGCCAUUCCUUAAUGUACCCUCAGAGCUCCUGCAUCUGCUGGUGGAUGAGUAUAUAGGAACUACAGAUGAUCCUGCUGAGCUACGGGACCAGUUUCUGGACUUGCUAGGGGAUGCAGCACUCAUCAUGCCAUCCAUUAGAGCACUGGACUAUCACAGAGAGUCUGGAGCUCCUGCCUACUUCUUUGAAUUUCAGCACCGUCCCUCGUCCUUCUGGGACAGUAAACCAGAGUAUGUGAAAGCUGACCACGGAGACGAAGUUGGCUUUGUCUUUGGAGGACCAUACCUGACUGGGGACAUUCAGCUACGUAGUGAGGUUACAGAGGAAGAGAAGAACCUCAGUAGAACUCUAAUGAAGUACUGGGCUAACUUUGCUCGAAACGGAAAUCCUAAUGGAGAGGGUUUAGCUGAAUGGCCAUCUUACAACCUGCAUGAAGAAUACUUACAGAUAAACCUCAAGCAGAAGAAAGCCAGAAAGCUGAAAGAAAAGAAGGUAGAUUUCUGGAAAAAGGUGGUGUUUGAAAAGACCAAUGACAAAACCAAGAAGGUUAAUUCAGAGUUGUAAUUUACAGCCUGCACACGCACACAAUAUGCAAUCUGUUAGUCCAGUAAAAGAAAUCACUUAAUUUGGAGGAUAAAAUUGUUUCCCUUCCUUUCACAGUUGUCACAUUUGCAAUUGUUCACUGUAAUAAAUACAGCCAAUCUA